AUGGCUUCGAAGCUGUUAAUGAUAAGUGUGUUUGUGGUUGAUCUCAUAGCUUUUGGGUUGGCAGUAGCUGCUGAGCUGAAGCGAAACACAGCACAGAUUCAUAUUAACACUGAAUACACUUACAGCUACUGUGUUUAUGACUCAGACAUUGCUACUGGUUUUGGUGUGGGUGCCUUCUUAUUCCUCAUGGCUACUCAAUUUCUUAUAAUGGUGGCAAGCCGCUGCUUCUGCUGUGGAAGGGCUUUGAUCCCUGGACCCUCUCGGACUUGUGCACUUCUCCUAUUUAUAAUCUCCUGGGUCACAUUUUUUAUAGCCUCGGGGUUCUUGCUGGUUGGUUCUGUGAGGAACUCUCAUCACACAACCGACAGAGUAUCUUUCUUAUUAGAAGACAUACCAUUUUCCUGUGAAACAUUGAGGAAAGGAGUGUUUGCAGGUGGAGCAGCUUUCAUUCUAUUCACAGCCAUAAUCUCUGAGUUCUAUUAUGUUUCCUAUUCCGAGGCCAGGCUACUCGAGGUCCAGGACAAUACAGUGCAACUGCUCACAUAGGCGACAUUAUAUUAUUGCUGUGAAUUGAAUGCCUGAAUUUUCUGUUUCAAAAGAUCUCUUGAUUGGACCCUUACUUGCAUCUGAAUUCCAAGUAUAGGUGUCUAGUUUUAGUUGGAGAUUGAGAAUUUGUUGUUGUGG